ACAUACUGCGCAGUUGCAGCGGUCCAGACCGGGACAAAGGCCGACGGAGGAGCACGAGCUGCACUGCGUCCACCGGCCGGGUCAGUGGACAGAGCGGGUGGUCCAACAGUGUGUGGACGGUACUGAGCUCUGUCCACCGGAGCCGACCACGGCGGAGGCGGCGAAUAUCAGAUGGAGAUGACAGAUGUGCGUGAAGACCUGGCCGCCCUUCGCCGGGAGGUGUCCGCCCUUCGUGAAGUGGUGUCCGCCCUUCGUGAAGAGAUGUCCGCCCUUCGUGGAGUGGUGGCCCCCCUUCGUGAAAAAGUGACCAUUCUAAACGAGGUGGUGGCAAAAGACAAUAAGGAGACAAAGAAGCUCAAGGGGGAGUACGCCGCACUUCACGAUGCGAUGGUCCGCCUGGAGCAGGCAGUGGUCGAAGAGCGGACCACUCGCCAGACCGUGGUGGAGGAUCUGCGGCAGGAGGUCCGCCGGCGAGCGGCGCCAUCCGGCCGUCCCCAGGGUAAAAUUACAAAAGCGUUUCAUGACGUCACGGUACAGACGGAGCCCCAGCCAUCGGCACACAGUGAUACCACAGUGCUGAGAGAGGCGCUAAGGACCGUGACGACGUUCGACGCUCCGUCAGCCCUUGGCGAGAAUCAGCUGGCGGCGCUCCUGCAGAGUCUUCCCCGCUUGGAGGAGCUGACCGUCAGAGUCCCGUCCUUCGGAACGGGGCGGUGGCUGCGGCUGCUGCCGACGUCACUGAGGACGCUAUACGUUGCCGGGCCGGAGGUGACGAAGCCGAGGUGGCCUGGACGGUACGGGAGUGGUCUGUCGGUAUCUCUCCAGGGGGUGGCUGCCGACACCAUAAGUCACCUGGCCACGGAGCUGGGGUCACGGAUUACGCUACUAGUCACGGAUGCACAAAUAACUACUAUUCCAAGUCAACUUCGUGGUGCCAUCAUCAGGGUGGAGCCAAACACUGUCAUCCUUCCGGCCGGAGUCGGUGACAGCGAGCUGACGGAGCUGCGGAGCUCACGGGAGACUGUGGAGCGGCUGUCAGUCACCGCCGCCGACCUCCCGCGACUGAGGGGGCAGCUGCCGGAGUGCCUCCAGCGCCUCAAUGUCAGAGGGCCGGAGGUGACGGAGCCGAGGUGGCCGGAAUGGAAACCGUGGUUUCAUGGUCUGUCAGUAUUGCUCCAGGGGGUGGCUGCCGACACCAUCAGUCACCUGGCUGACCUGAGACGGACGGUCAAACGACUGGAGAUAUACGAUUGUACUGAUCACACGGCCGGCAGCCUGGAGCCCCUCACCAGGUGCCGUGGGCUGCAGGACCUAUCAGUUACCGCCGCCGACCUCCCACUACUGAGGGGGCAGCUGCCGGAGGGCCUCAGACUCCUCAAUGUCAGAGGUGAUAAGAUAUACCUCAGAUCACACAUGUAAUGCCGGUAUAUGCAAAUGAACAGGGGAGACGGCAAAUGGACGAACUGAUCAGCCUCAACUAGCAAGUUUCAUCGUUAAUCGUGUAUAUUACUCGUCUCGUAUUGUGGUGAGAGGGGGAAGGGGUUCAAUGCACACCCUUCGAUAGUGUCCAUGCUUGUGGCAUAUGCGUGGAAUAUUAGUGUAACGUCACGGGGUGAUUUAAAAGUUGAGGUACUAGCAGGGUUGUAUACGACUCAAUCAAUAGCAAUCAAUUCAAUCACGACAAAUUUGGGAAACCAAUCAAAUCAAUCAAGUCAGAGCAGUUUUCGGGAAUUGAUUCAAUCGACUCAAACGCGACAAUGAAAGGAAUCAAUCAACUCAAUCAAACGACUCAAACCAAGACAUACAUUAGGUUUUUUGCCCCACCAACUUGGAAAAGUGUCCAUAGCAGUCUGGUGUACCUACCUACCUACCUACCUACAGAAGAAACAUAAAAAAUAUUGUCAUUUAACCCUAUUCCUGGCGGGCUCCGCCGGGACAAGAAACUGGCGGGGGGGGGGGCCGAUUCGGCCCCCCCCUGAGAUCUCGAGAACGAAGCAAGAUAGCGACAAGCGGUAAACGGCAUCGGAUACGCACGGCCAAGAUCUACAAUUUUUACAAAGGUCAUUUUCAGGUCAGGUCAAAGAUGACGUCACAGGGGUCGAAAAAGUCAAAAUGGCGGCACUAGAUAUGGAGAGAGUUUUUCUCGAAUAACUUUCGAAUUAGUCAAGAUAGGAACAAACUAAGGGCAUCAUCGUGAUCCUCUCGUCAAUCCGCAUCGAAUGAUAUAUAUGUUGACCUCGAAAGGUCAAGGUCAAAGGUUGACCUCAGGUCACGUGACCUCGAGGUCAUCAUGUAUAUCAUUCGAUGCGUCUUGACGAGCUGAACACAAUGAGACCAUCCACGCGUCUGUAUCUUGUUCCUGUACGGAGUUAUUGGCCAAAAACCUUUGGUGACCUUUGAUGACGUCACAUGACCUCACAGCUGCCCAACAGCAAAACAGACCUCAAGGUAGUGAAGGUUGAUCGUAUAUGAAGUCAUGUAUGGUAUAUGGGGCCAUUCCGACCCGCUUUAGUAGUAAAAACAGGGAGUUGAUUUUUCCCCCAUUGACUUAUAAUGGGGAGGUCGCGAAAUUGACCUGACCUUAGGUCACCGAUAUCAAAAUUCCGAGAUAUACAAAUUGCACAUACUGGUACCCUAACUAAACCCUGAAGAGAAGAAAUUGAUCGGUCAAAAACUCUAGCUCUGGCGUGAUUGCAAACUUUUCUGAGGUAGCGUCACCAAACCGCCUCUGGUGACCUGACAUGAGGUCAGAUCAACUCAAAAUUUUCAGACAUGUUGCGUAGAAGCCUUUUAGGAAAAGUCAGAAAAUUUGAGCUUCCUAGCUCAACGCGUUUGGGAGAUAUAACCAAAAAACCUCAGGGGGGGGCUCCUGAGGCCCCCCCGCCAGGAAUAGGGUUAAAAUUAUAAAUUGCCAUGCCAAUAUGCCAUUCAAAGUUUCUAUGUAAUAAGGAAGAAUACCUAGUGAUGGACAGGUGGAUCAUGAUAUUGAGGUUCAAUGGGUAGAAUUUGAGCAGAAGUUUCAUUGAAUGGGUGCAAAAUAACCCAGUAGUUGACUCGCCCCUUAACCCAAAUCACCACCUUUCACCUAAAAGUUGUCAAUUUAAUUUUGGCCAUAUUCCAACUCCAUUUACACUAAAUAUCAGAUAUUGCAGUUGAAAGUUGGCUGCUCGGAUUUUGGCAGUGUUCGUGAUUUGGCCAUUUACCCUACACCAUGUUUAUUUUAAUGGAUAAUAUGCAUCAAUAACAUAUUAACCAUAGGGAAAUAGAAAUAAAUAUCUUACCUGCAUUGUGCAUGUGACGGUUUCGGUUAGACAGAGACUGACGGGCAGCCUGAAAAAUCUUUCCAUACAAUGUGCAUUUGAGACGUGGGAUGUUGUCAGAUUGGGAAGGAAGAUAUUUGAAGUAUUUAGCUGUCCACGACUCUGGACGUGGCAUGUCAUGAUGUUAGGUACCUAUGUGAGGAAUUCAAAACAUUUUAUUGCAAUACAAUUUGAAACUGUUAGGAGGGGGGGAUAGGGAUGAGGAUUAAAAAUAUAUUUAAAAGGAAAUGGAGAGGACAGGGACUCUGGAACCACAGGAUAAGUUAAGGACAAAGGAAGUAGGAACAUAAUGAAAACGUUUUGCCAAUAAGUAUGCUAAGCUUUUAUAAAACCUUAUUCUACGUCUUCUGAUAUUUUGGUAAGAUGACGUCAUUGAUUAUCAUGUAGUAUGGUAGAUCAUCAUAAAAUAAAUCGGUUGUACAACA